AUGAGCUUACGAAACCCGCUAUCACUACUUCAGAGGCCGAAGCCGGUCUGGGAGAAUCCAGAACUAUCCAUUGGCCCCUUUCGUGGAGUGGUGAAAGGGGGGUUGAAAUACUGGGACGCCCAGGGACCUGCCCAAGAAGCCUACGAUCAAAUGUGCACAGACAUUCAACAAGUGCUUAAUAGCAGCUGUGGCCCAGUCCGGUGCUCCAGUGCGGUCGUCUACGAUAUUUACAUGGUCGGCCGUGACGCUUCGACGGCAGUCCCUCACAUAAUGUUCUCCUGCAAACAGCCAAAAUCACGGAAGCAAGCAGUGGCUGCCGUACGGGAGUCGGGUAUUGUGCAGCGGUGGCCGGGAAUAGAACUUGGCCACUGGGAGUAUCCCCCCCAUAUCUUAAACUUGCGCCUUCUGGCGUCGUCGGGCGGGCAGGGAUAUCUCGAUUUGGACGACUCGGCUUCAUAUUACUUCCUUCGACCAAUACCUGAUCCUGACAAGCCGACGGAAACACUGGCUAUAGAGUUCCUACUUUCCAGAUCGGAGGAUAGUCGCCAGGCGACUAUUGGGAGCGUGACGGAAUACAAUGGCAGACUGUUUUACGUCGUUCCACAGCAUAUCUUCUCGGCACCAGAGAGCACUCCGGAUCUAGCGGAAUGGGAUCCUGAACUGGAGAAUGACAGCGACUGCGAGUUUGGAGCGUUCGCAGGAGACGACCAGAUCAGCGCCGAAGAAGCAGAAUUCACAAGUCAAUACAGCAUAAGCCCUCCAUCGAGUGAGGUGGACUCAGACUCAGAGUCCUAUGAUGAAGAUGUCUUUUCCGAGGGAGAAGUAGAUGGCUGGUCACUACCAGGACCAGACGAGAGCCAAACCGCUACUAAAAACGAUGAUGAAUACGACGAAACACUUCUCCCGCUCCCUCUGCCCAAGGGUGAGCCUGUCAAGCGACUGGCCAAAGACCCAAAUGUAUCAUCGCAGGACCUGGAUUACGCUUUACUCGAAGUUGAUGCUGAUGACGAGCUAGGAGCAGGGCUGCCUCUCCUUUCAAAAGCGAACGUCAGCAAGGUCAGUCCAGGGGGUGCUGCUGUUAUAACCGUCACCGGCGCGGGUCACAUCCUCCAUGGCAGACUUUCGGGGAGAGUAUCAUACGUUCGCAGUCCAAACGCCGCGACAUUCCGGAAAGCAUGGGUGGUGGACCUAAAUGGCCCCUUACAUCAAGGAGACUGUGGAUCCAUUGUCCGCGACCGUGAAACGGGGGAUAUCUAUGGGCAUAUCUUCCUGGGGAGUGUUCAGUCGCGAGUGGCCUAUGUCAUGCCGGCUGCCACUAUUCUCCGCGAUGCCAGGACAACGCUUGAAAGAAUGGACCAGGGCAUCAUAGUCUACAUCUCAUUACUGAUACAAGUAGUUUGUGCACGCAUUUGGGCGUCAAUAGUACAACUCCUACCCCCAACCCCAGCCGCCGCGACGUUAAGAGUGGCUUGA